AUGGGCGGCCGCGUUGCCAGACCCUCCCUGAACAAUGAUCUCGACGCCCCGCUCGAGGUCGACAUGGGCCACAGCUGGCAGGUCCUUUACCCAGGACGAGAACUGGACCUGACGGACCGAGACGGAGCGGUCUCGGUCCGGCUGCGCGAAGACGCUGACGUGGCUUGCCACCUUCACUGCGCCUCAUCAAAAGGCAUGCUUCGUUCCUCGCUUCGCGCCUCGAGGGACCUCCAGGAUCUCAGUCGUGAGGCAGUCCUCCGGGACAAGCGGGAGAGGUUGGAGGCAGAUGCCCAGACUGAGAGGCAGAUGGAAGCUCGUAGGCGCCGUGAAGCGGAAAGCUGCAAGGAGGCUUCUUCCAGAGGCGGCCGAGUCGAACUACUUGCAACAGUUCAAGCGGAAGGCGAUGCCGUUUGCCCUUUCUUGCUUUGCGUCUGCCUGCCCUUGGCGAUCCUCACGAGUGUUGCAGGCAUACCACCGCAAAGUUGCAUCGGCGCAGCGUUCCUCAGCUUCUUUGCGCUCUCCUUGAGCUUCUGCACCAUCUGCUUCAUGUCAACGAGGGUUUCAAGCACUGCCCAGUUGCCAAAGGGGCACGCUGAGUAUGCCUACGGCAGAGACGGAUGGUUUUGGAACAUGCUGGUGCUGCUUCUGGGGCUCCUGGCCUUGCUUCUGCUGGUCACGAUGACCGUGCAGCACCACCUUCACGGAUAUUGGUGGACGAUGUUUUUGAUUUGGCCAGGGGUCUGCUACUCGUGCUAUUGGGGUCUGGGAGAAGGGGUGGUGGCUGCUGCAAAUUGGAAGAAAAAGCUCUGCGAGGCGGAAGCCCGGGUGCGUGUGCGGAGCAUUGUCUUCAAAGGCAAGGUCGUCCAGGAGAAAGGCCGAGCCUGUGUUUGCUCGUGGCCGGGGAAGUACGAGCAAGCCUGGGACACCAUGGUCGCUGCAGCCCGGGGAGGUGGUGUCAGCGCGGCGGUGGUGUUCCUCCCGGAUGGCACGCCUGAGUUCGGCAAGCACAGCAGCAUACCGGCUCGCGAGCCUUUCAAAGGGCCCUGCUGGUGCACGCCCUUGUAUGGCACCCAGAAGCCCUGGGGUUGCCGCUGGUUUGAGCUCUGGAUCCGCAACGUCGAGAAGGCCGUGGCCUUGGGUCAGGUCCUGGAAGUCUACUACUUUGCCAACAUGGUGGGCAAGGGAAAGGCCGCCAGCUUUGCCACCGCGGGUGAGGAGAACAAGCGCCGGGAGAGCCUGGACCUCCACAAGCGGAUCUUCACCCAGUCUGCGGCCUUCCAAGGUGCCUUGGAGGCCGGCCUCGGUAGCCUCUCCCAGAAGCCGCGGGCAGACAGCUCUUCGCCCUAUGAGCGCGAGGUGCACCGCUUGUUCCUGGCUUCCUUGGCAGAAGAGGAUCGGGAGUUUUUGAGAUCUUCGGAAGGCUUGGGGAACUCGCAGAAGGCCGAAGUUGCGUAUCUGGAGUACAAGGGCUACGCCUACGUCCAGAGGGAUGUUGCAGACUGGCUGCAGGAAGAGGUCGUGGCUUCGGAGGGCUUGCAGCCGACGCCCAAGGCGUCAGGCAAGAAGUGUGCAUAA